AGUAUAUAUAGCGCGCUGGAACGCCUGUAUAUGCUUUGCCCACAGCGUAACCACAAGCAAGGAUAGGCGAGUAAAGUGCAGCUGACCAGUUUUGUUUGCUCUACCGAUAUGACUCAGUUCAAGUUAACAUAUUUCAAUGGCAGGGGGCGCCGUGAAACCGCCAGGGUUAUGUUCGCAGCGGCCGACGUAAAAUAUGAAGACCACAGGAUCGAAAUGGCAGAUUGGCCACAGAUAAAGCCAACUACCUCGCAUGGAUACCUUCCGAUAUUGACGGUAGAUGGUAAAUGUCUUCACCAGAGUGGUGCUAUCAACCGAUACCUGGCACCAAAAUUCGGCUUCAUGGGUAGCAACGACUGGGAGGCGGCACUCAUCAAUGAGACGGCCGAAAUUGGAGAUGACCUGUUCCGACCAAUGGCGGAAUCAGUUUUCUCAUCGAACAAAGCCAGAAAGUUGUCACUUGCCGACAUCACUUAG